AUGGCGAGUCGUGCGAGUCGUGCGACCGCGGCACACUGUCGGACUGGUCCCGAUCAUGUCACGGUCGACCGAUUCUAACUCGGCGCCCUUGAUUGAGUCCCUCACAGUCGGCUGUUCACCAACUGGUCUUGCACCCUGCCAUCACCUCGUCGAUCAAGGUCGCCUCCACCACCGGUCAGUGCUCUCCUGUCCGGGAUGCGGGUUGCUCCCCGAACUCCGUCCUCGCCCGUGCCGCGGCGGGCGCGCUGGGGCUGGGCUUCCGGUUAUCACCGCUCAGCUGGCCCGGUCCCAUCCCUUGCUCAUGCCCGAACAAUACUGACCGCACGUGCAUCUCUUUCAAAACCCAAACAGUUGGGCGUGACAAGGCUUACCGAACGAUCCAAUACCUCGCUCGCUUCUUGGCCUUCUGUAGGUGCCCCUCCCCCCCCCCCCCUCCCCCCUUACGUCCCCGCUCGCUUCGGCGGCCUCGACCAAGUGUCACGUGCGAGUCCUGCCCCGGCGAAUACGCGUCUCUCUGAGACGAUGCAGCUCGACCAAGCAACCUAGUCAGACCUAGUCAGACCUAGUCAGGUAUAUAUCAGCUAGCUGACCCCUUGACGCUUUCUUCCCCUCUGCGCAGACACUCUCCGCAAGGGCUACACGAAUGAGACGGUCGCGCGUUUGACCGCCCUCAAGUCGACCUUGGGGCUGUCCCGAAAGUGUGGGUCCCAUUCAACGUCCUUCUUCAGGCUGGAUCAAGUACGCUGACCAAUAGCCCUGGGAUCUCACAGUGAUGCGUAUCGGUAAACCGUUCGAGCACCUUCAAGCGGCGGUCAAGUCGCUCGACGUUCAAGACCCGGUCCUCAAGUUUACCGCUUUGGGUCGUCAAUUGGGUUACGCCGGCUACUUGUGGAACGACAUGCUCGUUUGGGUAAGCCUUUAUCAAAGUUUUCUCUUACCAGUCAGUCUCAUCCCCGCGCUGACCAAUCUCUCGUUUAAUCAACAGGCGCACUCGUCCAAAGUCCGCCCCUUGUCCCCCGCCGACGCCAAGAUCGUGUCCCAACGCGCCGCCAAGCUCUGGUUCACCGGUAUCUCCUUCUCGCUCAUCUCGUCCAUCUACCGUCUCGUGGACCUCAGCGCGCGCGAAGCCAAGGCGCGUCGCACGCGUGCGUCCGAGCAGGAGGUCGAACGUAAAGCCGAGCUCAAGACCGUGUUGGCGCAAAAGGCCGCGGUGAGGACCCAAUUGGUGCAGGAUGGUUUGGAUAUCCUUCUCCCUGCUGGGGUUUUGGGUUACCAUAACCUUGACGAUGGGGUCCUGGGUCUUGUUGGGUGAGUACCUUUCGAUAAUGGAAGAGCUGUGACUUGACCCGAGCGGAGAAAAGGAAGGCUGACCGUCCCUUCUAUGUUCUUUCCCCCCUUCCAGUGUCGUCACCUCCCUCAUGGGCCUCCGCUCGCAAAUCAACAAGGUUCUCGGUCCUAGCGUUGCGUCCAAGUAA